AUGCCUAUAAACAUGGAAAUAGAUCAUAGCUCCGAGGUAAAAGACCUCAGCCUCGAGCGAAGCAAGCACUCGGUCGAGAUUGUCGCCAAAGAUGAGGAAAUCCGGAAGCUGCGAGUGAGCCAGUGCUUGCUGCAGGAUGCGAACAGCGACCUACACGAACAGCUCGAGGAGGAACAGGCCCGAUCGGAUGACCUUGAGAACGCGCUCGAUGAGGCUUUGGUGCAACUCGACGAGCAGAGAGCUGCGGACGAAUUGGCGCAAAACCAACUCCGAACGCAGUCCCGAGAAGUCGCAAAUCUGAAGGCCGAACUUAAGGCGAUGGAAAAUGUUACUUCCGACUCGAACAAAAUUCUUUCCGAGAAGCUCGCCCUCACCCGCGAAUUGUCAUCCUUACGCCCCGAAGUCGAGCAUUUGCGCGCCCAAGUCGAAUCCAACCAAGGGCUGCUCGCCGAGAAACUAUCACUACAGCGCCAGCUGAACACCCUGCAAGUGGAACUCGAGAACGAGAAGCGGACUGCUGCCCGCGCCUUCGCAAAACAGGGAAGGAGGAUGGAGCAGGACGACGAUCUCCGCGGGGAACUGGAGGAAGUCCGCAAAGAGCUCGCCAAGGAGAAGAAGGACCGGUUGAAAGCCGAGGCCGCCCUCGCAAAGGCAGAGAAAGCGGUCGAGAAGGUCCAGUCAGACCUGGAAAACGAACAACAGGCAAUGGAGCGGGCUCAGGUCAAACUGGACAAAGUCACUAAGAAGGAGGCCGGCAAGGCGAGCAAGCGGAACGAGGGACAUGACGCUGAGCUUGAGCAGCUCCGGCAAGAGCUGCAUCAGGAGAAGGCCGCUCGUCUGAAAGCCGAGAAAGCCAGCAAGAAAGGCACCGAACGGGACGCCGAACUUGAGGAGCUUCGCCAAGAACUUGACCGAGAGACACGAGAGCGCCAGAAGCUUGAGAAAGCCAAUAAGAAGGGCAGCCAACAAGAAGGCGUACAGACGGAGGAUCUCAAGAAUGCAUUGGAAGAAGAGAAGCGCGAGCGCAAGAAGCAGGAGGAGGAAUACACCAUGACGCUAGCUGAGCUGCAGGGUCGCAAUGCCGUGCUCGACGACAAGCUCAACGCGUUCAGGGAGAAACUGCGCUCCACCAAAGAAAAGUUGAAAGAGAAGGAAGCCGAGCUUGAUAGGGUCGAGAGAGCCCAAACCGCACCACCGGCCAAGGCCUCCGUGGACUUAGCCAAGAAGCCUGCGAAGAAUGCUCGGAAGCGUAUGGCUGUCUCGGUUGAGCCUGAAACUAAUCUUGGAACUCCUGGAGAUGGCUUCCCGGCGAAGAAAGUGAAGCGUGGUGCUUCCGUUACUGCAGUCGGCGACACUUCUACUUUCUCCCUCACUCCUUUCCUCAAUCGCACGGGGAACAUGGCGCCCGGCGAGACCAUAAUAGAAGAAGAGGAAGAGGAAGAGCAAGGUGUUCCACAGGAGGCAACUCCUACGGCGCCGCCGAAGAAGGCUCCCAAGAAGGCGGCUGCACCAAAGGCCAAACCGCUUGCCCCGUCCGCAUCGAACAAGGCGAACGCAAAGCCCGCUCCUCGCAAGAAGGCCGCAGCGCCAACCCUGGAGAUGGUCACGGAAGAAGCAUCCGAACACUCUCAAUCGAAAGACACCUCCGAAAACGCACCCAUCACAGUUCCCCUCAAAGACAAAUCCCUCGUCCCUAAGAUCAAGCCCCGCAAGUCUCUCAUGUCCUUCGCUACCUUCAACGACGAGCCUGCCGCGGAGAAGAAAAAGAAGCGUAAGCUGGGCACGAGCGCUACGGGCGGUGGACUCGGCAAGACGCUCUUCGAUGCUGACGAGGAAGAUGAGGGGCCCUCCAAACCGAUCGUCAGCAAGGGACUUUUCGCUGCCAGGGCUCUGGGGAAGAGUGUGCUGGGUAAAGGGCCACAAAGGCCAAUCAGCGGCGGGUACAAUAUGAUGUCAGAAGAGGGGUUCACAUUCUCGCCACUCAAGAAGGAUAGAAGGGGUGUGAGUAUCCUGAAGUAA